AUGCUAGAAUUAAGGAAGAGCACUGCAGAUAAUUUCAAGCUUGUUGAGGGUGAAAUCUCGGUAACCUUCAUUGAACUCAACUCCUUUUUUAUUUUCCUUGAGUCCUGCUGAUUAGAUUAUUUAAUGGGCGAGUUUCGUUGUGGUUCGAGGUGAGGAGAGGAAAAAUUGGGACUAAAGUGAUGAAGAUGAUUAGGUGGAAGCAUGGAUUUAAGGUGCUAGGAGAGGUGAUAGUCAUGAAGAAGAAUUGAUGUUAUAGUUGGUAGGUCUAUUUGAACUGCAUUUUGCACCUGGUGUCCCUAUUGUAUUUGGCCUUCUAUUCUUUCGUGUGCCAAAUAAGGCCUCAAGAAUCUGCAUAAAUUGCAAUUGUGCUUGCAUUGCAUUCGUUAUUGACUCAUGCUACUCAACUGACAUGGGGACAAAUUAUUUAACGAGACAGAUGGGCAAAGCAAUGAAGGACUUAAAAUUGAAGAAACGAAUACAAGGACUAUGGUACAGUCCUCAUAUGGCUGCUGCUUCUCAUGCCAUCUCAGAAAGGAUUCAAUUGGUUGAUCUUAUUGUGGAACUCAGAGAUGCAAGGAUUCCAUUGUCUUCAGAAUGCGAGAUAUUGAGAAACUGUCCAGCUUCCACUAGAAACAUUAUAGCAUUGAACAAAAUGGAUCUUGCUGAUCAAUCAAAAUUACAGGAAUGGAUGAAAUAUUUUAGGGAAAGAAACUUCAUCUCUUAUGGAGUCAAUUCUCAUAACAAGGAGAACAUCAGGAAGUUUUUGAGCCUUAUACAAAAUCAAGUAAGAGAAUUGAAGAGAACUGAUCAUACUGCGACGGUAAUGCUUGUUGGUAUUCCAAAUGUUGGUAAGUCAGCACUUGCUAACUCCUUGCAUCAAAUUGGCCGAACUAGUGCUGCAGAGAAGGGAAAAUUGAAGCAUGCAACUGUGAGCCCAGAGCCAGGGGAGACCAGAGAUAUACGAAGUUUUAAGAUUGCUAGCCAUCCCAAUAUUUAUGUAUUGGACACUCCAGGCGUUUUACCUCCAGAAAUUCUUGAUGUCGAUGUUUGCUCUAAAUUAAUUUUAACAGGAGCAAUCAAGGAUUUGAUAGGGACAAAAGAACUUGCUCAAUACUUUCUAGCUAUACUCAAUAGGAGUGAACAAUACAAGAAUUGGGCAAACUUAUCCAGCAAGGAUAAGGAUAUGCUGUCUCUUGACUGUACAAUGGAGUUUUUGAAUAGCUCUGAAUCGCAUGUGAAGCAGAGAAGACAAAGCCCUACAGAUCACACGCAGGACUGCAUAGUUCGGGAUGUUCGACAAACCCUCUUCGAAACAAUUUCAGCGUAUGAAGGGGAUACAAAUGAUGAAGAGGAGAUGGAAACCCUUAUUUCUAUACAGUUUGGAGCAUUGCAGAAGGUAUUUCAUGUUUCUUCUGAAUGUCCUGAAGAGGCUAAUGUCAAGGUUGGUAAGAAGCUGCUUGAUCUUUUCCGUACCGGGCGUCUUGGACAUUAUAUGUUAGAUCUUCCUCCUGGAAGCAUCCACUUUAACUAGAUAUAGACAUUAUGUUUUAUAUGGAGUUUGAGAAAUGAGCUGCAUUGUUAUAUGGUUAUUGACAGUCCAAUUUGCUACAAUUUUGAUGUUCUGUGUUGAUGAUUAGUUGAUAGUCUACUUUUGAAUGGGAUAAAUAGAGAGGAAGUGGAUUCCAUAUAGGCGGCUCAUUGGAUUUAAGGAUAAUUCAAAAUUGAAUCAAACUGUUAGAAGCCAAAACCAAGCAAAAUUAAAUGAAGUGUUUCCCCUUA